UGUCUAGUCUAUCCCGGGGUAACAACGAGGCCCUUUAGAACGUCAAUGCAGCAGUUUUCCGAUCUUCAUUUGGGUAUUUUUAAGUGUUGUGCUACGAUUUCGAGAAAAAUUAAGCUACGGAUAGUGUUCUAGAAUCUAGAGUCUAAUAACUCCUAGUGAAUACGCUGUCUUGAACGUUAAACGACAUUUUUGAUAAUUGUCACUGUCAGUACGUGUUGUUGACAGACAGACAUUUUUGAAUAAUGGAAUAAAAUUAACGUUUUUUUUUUGGGUCGGUUAAUACAAGACUGUUUUUUUUUUGUUUUUAGUGGAAUUGGGCAUUCACAGGUCUCGGUGUUGACUUCUUUUGAAUGAGGCCCUAUCCUAGAUCGUUAGAGGAGCACCAGUUUUACAAGUCUGGGAUAAAAUCCAUAAUUCAUUUUUAGUUAUCACCACACAAGAGGGACAGCUUUUGGACACUUUGUGAAUCAAAAUGAGGUCUCCUGCAGCAAAACAGUCUAAUAGUGUGUCUUCUGUACCAUCGACACCUAAAGCACAUGUGGAAUUCAGUGUGGAGCUCAAGAAAAUCAUCCAUGAGAGGAACAUUCUAACCACCAAAACCAGAAACCGGGUAUUUGAAGCGCUUGAUAACAUCAAAACUAGAAGUGAUGAAGAAAGCAGACAAUUUAAGCGAGAGAAAGCUGUACAGGAAAUCAUCAGCAGUGAGAAAACCUAUGUUCGUCAACUGGAGAUAAUCAUUAAGUUUUUCAUGAAACCUGUGCAGAGGGAAAAGCUUUUGAAAGUGGAAGAUUUUGAAACUUUAUUUGGAAAUAUUACGACGAUCUAUAAUGUAAAUAAGCAGCUGCUAGAGGAACUGGAGAAGGGUGCUCAGAAUGUUGUGGCUGCUUUUACAAAAAUUGCACCAUUUUUGAAAAUGUACUCAGUAUAUGCAUCUGAGUUUAAGAAUGUUCUGCAGCUACUACAGAACAGCAGAGCUUUGUAUCCCCACUUCGCCAAAUUUGUUGAAAAUCAAGAAACCAGGCCUGAGGUACAAAGUAAAUUAUCAGCAUUACUUAUAACACCAAUACAGAGGGUUCCUAGGUAUAAACUCCUUUUAAAUCAACUGGUUGAGUUGACAAAACCACUUGAGGAGUCAUAUGACAAAUUAUCAGAUUGCUUAUCAAAAAUUGAUGAGGCGGCUGAACAUAUCAAUAAAGUAGUUGAAGAUCAUGAGAAUACCCAGCGACUCCUAGAAUUACAAAGAUAUUUCAGAAAGGGUGUACCAAAUGUCAUCAAACCUGGGAGAAAACUCAUAAAAGAAGGUUCGCUCAUGAAAAUGUCAUCUAAUAGAGGACCUAAGGAAAAAAUUUAUGUUGUUCUGAUGAACGACAUAAUAAUGUUCAACAAGAAAAAAGAUGAACCAGUUAACUCACUUAAAUGCAUCAGCAUUUUUCCAUUAUCAAAAUGCAGGAUUGUAGAAGUUCUGGACAAAGGAUGUAUGAAAAUAGUGUGCCAAGAUGAAGAAGUGAUUUUAUACCACAAUGAGUUGAGUGAAACUAAAGAUUGGAUCGAAACUAUCAGAGAUGCGAUUGAAAGUCAUUUGAAUGAUAGAAAAACAUUGAGGAAGGAUAGUUCAUCAAGAAGGCCUGUUAAAAGGAAAGAUAUUCUAGAGUAUCAUGAGGUUGGGCUGAGUCCUGGAAGGCCAAUGAAGAAAAGAAGGGUGGACGAAAAGGACGAAGAUAAUGGUGGUUUUGAACGAAAACAUCAGAAGUUGUUAACUAAGAGAAGACCAAUACACCAGCCACUGUUUGAUUCAACAUUAACCAAUCGCACAGAUAUUGAAAAAUCAGCUACUACUGAAUUUCAAAAUGGCAAUCGUCAUGUGACAGCCACUCCAGCAAACGGAGAAGUCGCGUCUAAAGAUUUGUUUGUUUUUGGUAAGCCACAUCCAAGCUCAUCUUUUACUUUCAGUAAGCUGCUGGGCGGGGUCAGUGGUUCCAUCAAAAGGAUUUUUGGCUUCAAAACAUAGCGUUUAUGUUUUGUGUUGAUUUUAUUUAAUAGUGAUUGAUUUUUGUGAUUGAAGUAUUGCAUGAAGUAUUUUAUUUGCUUAACAGUUUUUAUACAAUUUUUUACAUUCACCGAUUAAGUAAUUACUCUUAGGUAUUAUAGUUGUGAUUUUACAUAUUUCUUUAUACUUAUAAUAUGAUUAAUUAUUUUCUCUAGUGAUGUGGUAUAAAAAUAGAUUCCUAAUUAUUGUAUAUAGGACGAAACACAAAAUUUGGAAAGUAAGUUUAUUUCUUCCAAUGAAAAAGGUUUACCUAUCUGAAAAAAUGACACACAAAAACCCCAAAUUUAAAACUGAAAAUUAUUUCAGUUGCAAAAGGUGUAAGUAGGUGAAGAAAAUAAACUUCAAUAAUCAUAAA